AAACAUAACUGACAACUAUACCCAAGUAAUGGGUUGCCACCGUGUGCAAUGAACGACGCGCACCAGUUUUCCAUGUGGAGUUAAAAUUUCGACAGAGCCGGCCUGCUUCAGUUUUCUUUACAAUUCAGAUAUUUGUCUCGGACUUGAAAAUUGUUCGAAAUUAAUAGCAACUUGACUAUUUUACGUUUCAUUUCUUAAUAUUUUGAGAGCAAGUCGCAUUUGUCCCGCGUUUUUUUGACAGAUCGAAUAGGCAAAAUCGAAAUAGCAACACAGCUUUGGCAAUUGGCAACGCGCAGACAAAGGGGAAAAAUACACGCACACAGCUGGCCAAUAUAGUCUUCAUAUUUGCUCAUACACCUGCACAAGCACAGAAGGCUAAACGAUUACGAAAAAUUUCCACACAUCCCCGCCCUAGCAUCUACAUCUCUUAACGAAAUUGAAAGUAAAAAAGAGCGCAAAAAUGACUUCGGACAUAGCAAGGCAAUUAAUUGUUAUUUUGGAGAAGACGGUAUCGCCAGAUAAAAAUGAACUGCUCUCGGCGAAGACUUUCCUGGAGCAGGCGGCGGCCAGCAAUUUGCCGGAGUUCCUCAAGGCACUCUCCAAAAUACUUGUCGAUACAACAAAUAGCGCUGUGGCGCGCAUGGCAGCUGGUCUACAAUUAAAGAACCAUUUAGUGAGCAAGGAUGAGAAGAUCAAUCAACAAUAUCAGGAGCGAUGGCAUCAGUUCCCCGAGGAGACACGCGAGCUCAUUAAAAAUAAUAUACUCGCCGCAUUGGGCACUGAGAAUACGCGACCAUCUUGCGCUGCCCAAUGUGUUGCCUAUGUGGCCGUAAUUGAGUUGCCCAUCAACCGAUGGGGCAUUCUCAUACAGACGCUGGUCAACAAAGUCGUACACGAGGGCUCCAGUGAAAUGCACCGCGAGGCAGCACUGGAGGCGAUUGGUUACAUAUGCCAGGACAUUCGCUAUGGCGUGCUGGAGAAUCAAUCCAAUCAGGUCCUCACGGCGAUCAUACAUGGCAUGCGCAAACAGGAGCCGAGCAAUCAUGUUCGCUUGGCUGCAACAACGGCGCUACUCAAUUCUCUAGAGUUUACCAAGUCAAAUUUUGAAAAGGACAUGGAGCGCAACUUUAUUAUGGAGGUGGUGUGUGAGGCAACUCAGUGCACAGACACACAGAUCUGUGUUGCCGCCCUGCAGUGUUUGGUGAAGAUCAUGUCGCUUUACUACCAGUUCAUGGAACCAUACAUGGCCCAGGCACUGUUUCCAAUUACCCUGGAAGCCAUGAAAUCCGACAAUGAUGCCGUCGCCCUGCAGGGUAUUGAGUUCUGGUCGAAUGUUAACGAUGAGGAAAUUGAUCUUGCCAUCGAGAGCCAAGAGGCCACCGAUCAGGGACGUGCCCCACAGCGUGUUUCCAAGCAUUAUUCACGUGGUGCUCUUCAGUACUUGACGCCUGUUCUUGUCGAGAAGCUUACCAAGCAAGACGAGUGCGAUGAUGAGGACAGCUGGAGUCCUUCUAAGGCAGCUUCCGUCUGUCUGAUGUUAUUGGCCACUUGCUGCGAGGACGAAAUUGUGCCCCAUGUCUUACCAUUCAUUAAGGACAAUAUUGAAUCACCAAAUUGGCGCUAUCGCGAUGCUGCCGUCAUGACCUUUGGUUCAGUGCUCAACGGCUUGGAACUUAACACGCUCAAGCCGCUCGUGGAGCAGGCGAUGCCAACUCUUAUACGCCUCAUGUACGAUUCCAGCGUCAUUGUGCGCGACACCACGGCUUGGACAUUUGGACGCAUUUGCGAUAUCAUACCCGAGGCAGCUAUCAAUAAAACAUAUUUGCAAACGUUGCUUGAGUGUUUUGUAAAGAGCUUGAAGUCGGAGCCUCGUGUGGCCGCCAAUGUAUGCUGGGCUUUCAUUGGACUAUCGGAUGCUGCUUAUGAUGCAGCCAGUGCCAAUUUGAAGGAGAACGAAGCACCAGAAACUUAUGCUCUUUCGCCAUACUUUGAGUUUAUUGUCACACAACUGCUGGAGGCGACAGAUCGUUCGGAUGGCGCUCAAGCGAAUUUGCGUGGAGCGGCCUAUGAGGCGCUCAUGGACAUGAUUAAGAAUUCUCCCCUGGAUUGUUAUCUGGUUGUGCAGCGCACAACAAUUGUUAUCUUGGAGCGUCUUAACCAGGUCAUGCAGAUGGAAUCGCACAUCACCAAUCACAAUGAUCGCCAUCAGUUCAAUGAUCUACAAUCGCUUCUCUGCGCCACACUCCAGAGCGUGUUGCGAAAGGUUCGCGAGGCGGAUGCACCGCAAAUUUCGGACGCCAUAAUGACAGCUCUAUUGACCAUGUUCAGCUCGAGCGCUGGAAAAUCUGGUGGUGUUCAGGAGGACGCUUUUCUGGCCGUCUCCACGCUGGUCGAAUUGCUCGGCUAUCAGUUUGUCAAGUAUAUGCCAGCCUUUAAGGAUUUCCUUAUAAUGGGUCUGAAGAAUCAUCAGGAGUACCAAGUGUGCUGUGCCUCCGUUGGACUUACUGGCGACAUCUGCCGUGCCCUGAAGCACUUGGUGGUGCCCUACUGCGAUGAGAUCAUGUCUGUGCUAAUGAACGAUUUGGCCGAGCCGACUUUACAUCGCAGUGUUAAGCCGCAAAUUCUGUCUGCCUUUGGGGACAUGGCUUUGAGUAUAGGAAGCGAGUUUCUUAAGUAUUUGAAUAUGGUGUUGGACAUGCUGCGUGCUGCUUCCAAUUUGCAGGUUGAUAAUUCCACCUUCGACAUGGCCGAAUACAUUUCGGAACUGCGGGAGAGUGUCCUGGAGGCGUACACCGGCAUCAUUCAGGGCCUCAAAGGUGUUGAGCAAACGCCCAGUACGGAUGUGUUCCACAUCGAGCCUCAUCUGAUGCACAUUAUUGAAUUUAUAAAGCGCAUUGCGCAGGAGAAUGAAGUGUCUGAUUCGAUGAUGGCCAGCGCAGCUGGAUUCAUUGGUGAUUUAUGCACUUCGUUUGGUCCACGUCUCUAUCCACUGCUGGAUGAUGCUGUUAUCACACAAUUUUUGGCCGAGGGUAAACGCUCGAAGGGACCACGCACCAAAAUGCUAUGUGCCUGGGCUGCCAAGGAGAUCAAGAAGAUCAACAGUCAGGUCAUUGCUCAAUAAAUUAAUUUUUAGUUGUAGUUGUGUGUGUGUAUAAGCAGCCAAACUGUCCAGUCCGAAUUAGAAAAAAGUUCUAUCUGCAAAGUUUGUUUGUCCGAUUAUUAUUGUUGCUGUGCGACGCCUAAAGUUUAAGCAAAUUGUGUGAAUACAUUUAAUUUUAAGCAAAAUCCUGCUAUGAUUAUGAUAUUUAUAUUGUUAUUAUUUUUUUCUUUGUGUGAGAACAUCUGUAAAUUCGAUAAUUCCUAAAAAGCGACACAGAAAUGUCGAAGUUCACUAUCCAACUAUAUUACACUUACUUUAUAAGCAAUUAUUACGACAUCUUUCUAUCAUUUUAAGCAGCCUACUGGCCCAAUCUUUCCUUUAAAUAUGACACUUUUAUAGAACCCGUAAAGCAAAUGAAAAAAAAAAAACAAAUUUAAACAACACAAAAUAGUUAUUUCCAAUUAUGUCUAUUAAUUUAAGUUGAAAAUUGGUAACACAUUAAAACACUAAAAUCGAUAUUAAAUACACACAGCGAUAUUGGAUAAAAUUAUCUUUUACGGCUGCUGCUACAUUAGAUUUUAAGAUCCACAUUAUGUAAACUAGCCCAAUUGAAAAGGGACAGCAAAAAAAGAAAAAAAAAAAAAAAAAAAUUAUAAUGAGAACCUUAGUUGUGUGUGCUCUGGAGUGUGUAUGAUUAUGGCUGUGUGUGUGAAUAUGUAUUCGUAUGUGUGAUAAGAAUGUGUAUGACAUGAAAUAAAUAUCGAAUCUGGAAUCAUAUGUAAUAUGUAUGAAUGAUUAAAAAAAAAUAUAUGAAAAUGAGAGUAAUAUAUAUAAGUCUGAAAUUCCGCAUGUCUGUCUGCGAUUAGUCCAAGAAAAUAAAUAUAUAGAAAGUCGUAAAUAAAUCCCUUAUCAAACAAAAGCCCUGUCUAUUUAUAGUGUGAAUUUGUGCUAUAUGGAAGGAUGGAUGAAUUGUCUGAAAUGGAACUAUAUAAUUGUGAUUGAAGUAUUGUGAGAGUGAAGAAACUUCUUAUAUGCAACUUGAUUUGCGCGCGUGUGUGGCGUGAUGUGUGAUAUUACUAAACGUAAGUUUUUUUCUAGAGAUGUCUAAGCAUAUAUUUUUAAGUGUAUGAAAAGUAUGAAAACUUAGAUUUAAGAACAAAAUGACAAAUGCACGAUAUACCAAAUUUAAAUUUAUAUAUGAUGAAAAAAAAAAAUCAAGACAAAAAGGUUUUAAACGGACGCCAAUACAAAAGUAAUCUAAAAAAACACAAAACAAUUGUAGUACACAACAAAAAAAUCAAUUUAAAUUUACAUUAAAAACACAUCGGUUAAUAAUUUGUUUAAUAAAGAAUUUUAGCUCCCAUCGUUUACAGUUCAGAAAAUGACGCUUUUUUUGCAAUUAUUUAACAAACACACAGUGACAACCAAUCAACUACCUGCAGAUCAUUAUUGUAUUGUAUAUAAUAUAAUUAUAAAAAAAAAACACUAACAACAAAUAAAAAACAAAACAACAACGGACCAGGGAAACCGACAUGUACUUCAUUUUACUUACAUAGGCAUAGAAAGACAAAAGAAUAGAAACAAAUAAGAACAAACAUACAUUAUAGAGGACUGUUUAGGACAGAAUCAGAUUGUUUAUCCAGAUUGUUCAGUAAUGGAUUACAAAAUUAAAUUAUUAACGUCACACAGGUACAUCAUACAAACAUUCUUACAGACAAACAUUUCAACUCUUAACUAUUUGAAUUGUAUCCAGAACCGUUUAAGAUCUUUUCACAAUUGCGUGCAUUUUAUGUAUAAUCAAAUGAAUAAUUUCGGAUCCCUGUAUGCUUAAUGUUUAAUGAAAAAAAAAAACAUUGUAACUACAUUGAAAUUGUCAACGCUUCACAUUGUCAACGUAAUUGAAUCCGUUUGUCAAAACAAAAGCCAUUUCAAAGUUGUUGAUACGCUUGCAAAAGUCUGAAGAUUCACACGAUGAAUUUAAGUUGAAGAAUAAUGGAAUUUCAUCAUGUUUAUCUUCUGACAUGCACAAAUUACACUCUGUCGAUUAUUGGUAUUGAUAUUAGACUUUAUCUAAAAAUCGUACAGCCGUCCAACGCUAAAAACAAUUAUAAUUUGCUUUCCAAAGAUAACAACAUAUCAAGAAAUUAUGUAUGAAGAUAAUUCGGGUGCGUGAUUGAUUCGUUCCUUGGCAACAACUUUGAAUAGGUAAAUUGUUGAAUUCAUAAUAUUAUUGUACUCACCAUUUAUAUUACCGCUAAUGGAUUAGAUUAAUAUAACAACAUUGAAUGGAAACUACAAAUGAUGAUGAUAAAUGUUUGGUGAAUGAUGUUGGUGACGAAAAUAUGUAUGUAUGUCUGUCGCUUGAAUGCCGGAAGACGUCUAG